UAGAAACGGAGGGGAGGGAGGGAAAACGUCACCGAUACCUCCCUAGGAGUCGGCUGGCCGGCGGCGUCUGAAGAUAUUGAGCGCAGCUCAUCACUGACAGGGAUUGAAAUGUUGACAUAUAUAAGCCUCCAGCACAGCGUUCCCUAGAUAACCCGCGACUCAGUCGUCUGUCCAACGAACGAUGCCACCCAUCCACUCCUCGGCACGGGUUUAUUCCCUUCCCUUUGUUUUGAGAACCUACGACUUCUGGGUCCUAUACAUCACGAAUAACUGGAUCUGGCGUUGCUCAACGCGGACCGUCCUCCUGCCAUUUUACCAGAAACACAUCGGGGAGAGCGCGCACCUUGACGUUGGGGUCGGUACGGGGUACCUGCCUGCGAACUCGAUCGAGCGGCUCGCAAAGACGAAGAACGUCACUCUACUCGAUCUGAACCCGGACACGCUCGAGGCGUCCGAGGCGCGUAUUCGUGGCGCGGGAUACAAGGGCGUCAUAGACAAGGUGAACCAGAGCGCCUUCGAUCCCCUCCCCCAGUCACUUCGCGAGAAGUUUGACUCGAUAUCGACCUUCUACAUGCUACACUGCCUCCCCGGGAGCUUCCCACUCAAAGCAAGCAGUGUGGUUGCGAACCUCGCGGCCGGGCUUACUCCUGGCGGUGUCCUAUACGGCUCCACGGUGCUUGGAAAGGGCGUACAGCACAAUUGGGCUGGUAGGAUAUUGAUGCGGCUCUACAACAGAGCAGGGACGUUCUCGAACUACGAUGACGGGGUGGAGGAUCUGGAGAACGCGUUGAAGGAACAUUUUGAGGACGUUGAGGUGACACAGCUGGGCGUCGUGGCCUUGUUCGUGGCGAGGAGGCCGAGAAGCAUCUGAAUAAUCUCCUUUGUGAGUCUGACGUACUGCUCAGCAUUCGUAUUUGGUUGAUUUGCUUACAUGGCAUGCCAGUAUAUAUACUAUGAUCGCUACGAUGCAAUAACACUGCUGUUUUAUCACCUUGAAUGAGAGUCGAUAAUUAAUUGGCCUGGGUUGACAGCAGUUUUGCGGCCUGCCUCCUUGCCCCUCUGUUGCUAAGACUUGACUCUUUACCCCGAAGUGCCUCACUCAGAGUAUGCGCCUGGGAGCAUAUGAUAAUACAGUCACUUGCGGGGUCCGUGCAGUGCUGCAGCAGGCUUGGCAGUGGGAUACACGACCAAAGUUGGCUGGCAAAAUACACACGAUGAUGAACUCAGGCGUCGUGGUCCGUUGAGAGAACUCAGAGUGGCUUCUAGCUCGUGAGUUACCAGUCGGACCUAGGCCCCAGCGGCAGACCCUAGACAGCCCUAGACACGACCUCGUCGCCAGUGAG